AUGACCGCUACAACUUCUGUUCGUAUGCAUGACAUUUCCAAAAGUUCCCUCGAUGACAUAAGGCUCAAAAAACAGGCGAAUCCUCAACCCUUAUCCGACCGCAAAGCGCAAGAGGCACUAAGAAAAUUGGUUGAUGAAUUGGUUGACCUAUUCGUCGAAGAGCAACAACUUGGCAAAGACGAUGUCAGGAUCAGACAACUCAUUUUGGAUUGCAUCAUAAAGAGGAACCGUGGUGCUCACGAGGUGUUGAAAUGGCUGCACAGCAAUCAACACAAACUACAAUACAAGACUCUCCUUGGCUACUUUUAUCUGCAUGACAUCGGCACCGAGAUAGAUUUACGAAAGGCUUAUAACCUAUACCUCGCCGCCGCCAAAAAGGAUUAUCCCAUCGCCCACAAAUUUCCCAACACGGACAUUCCACCGACCACUAGCAUCGAUGCAAAGACGCCAAAGCUUCCAAGUUCCAAUGAAGAAGCCGAAGAAGAAUAA